GUGGGGAAAAGCGAUUCAACGCUCCUAUGAAGCUUCAUUUAGGGUUUCCAAUUACGUUCACGCGUUCUCUGCAACUGAAAUAUCUUCUCCUUUGUUAGUACCGAUUCAGCUUUGAAUAACAAAUUGAUACAAGUCUUGAAGAAAAAAACAAGAGCGAAUUGAUUUUCUGGGUUCGUGAAGAUCGGAGGAGAAAAUUGAUUGAAUUUGUUUGGCCGUCUGUUCGAUUAAUAAUAUAUAUAUAGAGAUGAGUCUUCCACAUGAUGGGCACAGGCCUUCCUUCUUCCCUUUCGGAAACCCCUUCCGCAUGAUUUUUCCCAAGGAUACAUACCUCUCACCAAGAAUCCUUGAGCUGUUAAAUUCUUUUGAAGAAACCUUGGCCAAAAGGCUAAGAAAGCUCCAUGUCAAGGACAAAAGCGAAGUCCUUAGUUUGGCAUGGAUGAGAUCAGCAAUGGAGUCACUAUGUGAAACACAUACAGAUAUCAAAUCCCUUAUCACUGAACUGAAGUUCCCCGUAUCUGAUUGGGAAGACAAGUGGAUGGAUGUUUACCUAGACAGCAGUGUAAGUGUGUUGGAUAUUUGCAUUGCUUUUAGCUCUGAGAUUUCUCGACUUAACCAGAGCCAACUCUUACUUCAAUGCGUUCGCCACGUAUUGGAUGUUUCAAGUGAUUUUCCUUCUUCAGAAAAGCUUUUGAGGAGUCAUAAUUCCCUCGAUGAUUGGAUGCUGCAGAUAACUUCAAAGAAUCAGAAAAUUGAGAAUUGUUCCCUGAUCUUGAAUAAGCUCACUGGUUCUCUUUAUUUGGGUAAGGCUAAGACUUCUGCCAAAGGGAAAGUGCUCAUGCGAGCAAUGUAUGGGGUUAUGGUCCAGACAAUAUUUGUCUGUGGCGUCUUCUCAGCUGGUUUCUCCGGCUCUGAGAAGGCAUUGGUUGACUUACAAGUUUCUGACAAGUUUUUGUGGGCAGAAGCUUUUAACGGGUUGCAGCUAGAUGUAAAUGGAGAGGUUAGGGAUCUAUUUCGUCAUGGAAGUAAAACAGUGUUGAAGGAUUUAGAGGCAGUCGACUCAUGUGUCAAGAACUUACAUCCCUUGACUAGUACUGGUGCAGAUCAACCUGAUGCCGAGAAGUUGAAGCACUCUGUCUUGGAUUUGGGAAGCAGUUCCGAAAAAUUUUCUGCAGGACUUGACAUUCUUUCGAAAGAAGUUGAAAACUUUUUCCAGAUUGUUUUAUCUGGUCGUGAUGCAUUGCUAUGUAAUUUGAGAGUCAGCGAUGUGCAGUCGAAGAAACAAAAAAAAGGGCAGUACAGGUAGUGGCUAGUGAGAUGUUGAUCUAGUGAAAAGACACAUAGCUUUGUAUACAGAUACAAAAAUAUAUGUCUUUUGCGGCUUAACUGAUGGAAGAUGAAGAUCUUGCAUUUGGGUAUUGUGUGCACUCAGUCUGUUCUUGUUUGUCGCCUCUUAAUAUUGUAAGUCCGAGUGGUUAAUGUAUAAAUAGAUGUGUUCUUAAAUGUAUGGGGUUUGUAAAACUUAAUUUAUUGGAAUGUUUGAACCAAUUUGAAUCUUUUUCCCUUUCUUUGUUUCUUAACUU